AUGGACAACCUCCGGCCUCUGGGCCUGAGGAAACGGCUGAUUGAGCUGCUGCUGCCGAAGAGGAAGGCCAUUGCUUUUGAAAAAGAACCGUCCUUGGUUCGAGCGAAACUGCUGGUCGAAAGGCUCCACAGACCCCAGUUUCCCAUGAAGUUGCAGCCAGCGCUUUCGACCUCAAUGUCGCUGCUAGACUCGAGAAACAUGCUUUCUCCGCCCAAACCAGCCAAGCUCAGAAGACUGACGUCGCUCUUGACGCCCGCCGAGGCCUCCCAGACCGACAGAUUCAUCCCCAGCCACAGAAACCUGACGCUGAACAAACUCACUCCACAAAACGAACAGCCACACCCGAACGCCCUGCCGCAAACACACAUCAAGGCGCAGACGUCCAAAAUAUACCAGAACCACGUUGCCGAGGCGUGCGGGCUCGAUGUCAAUUCUCGGAUCUUGUGCUACAGACCUGCUCCGCCAGAACGGUCCCAGCCGCUUUCUGUGUUCAGCAGCAUGGGCCAGAAACAAAAGACGGGAUUACUCAGACCGUCUGUGGCGUCGGCUCGUGCUAAGAAAAUCCCCACGGCGCCUGAAAGAGUGCUAGAUGCUCCCAACAUCGUAGACGACUUCUACCUCAAUUUGGUGGCCUGGGCGCUGAGCAACUUGAUCGCCAUUGGCUUGGAGGAUACCGUUUACGUGUGGAACGCUUCCACGGGCUCGGUGGGGCUUUUGUGUGAGCUAGGCAACAACAUGCUUGUGACGUCUUUGAGGUGGUCUGAGGAUGGGUCCUACAUCUCCGUGGGAAAGGAAGACGGAAGCAUCGAAAUCUGGGAUAUCGAAACCAACCUGCGGCUCAGAACGCUUCUGCACGGCACAGGCUCCAGAGUGGCUGCCCAUUGCUGGCUGUCUCACCUAGUAGCUCUGGGAUCCAGAGAGGGUUCCAUAUUCCACAGCGACGUGAGGGUCAACGACCACCUUGUUUCAAAAUUGGAAACCCACGUUGGCGAGGUCUGUGGAAUCGAGUACCGUCCCGAUGCACAGCAGUUUUGUCUGGGUGCAAACGACAAUCUAGUCGCUGUGUGGGAUGCUCGAGCGACUCUGGAACCGAUAUUCAAAAAGACCAACCACCGAGCCGCCGUCAAGGCCAUGGCAUGGUGUCCUUUCCAGAAUUCGCUUUUGGCUACUGGAGGCGGUACUUCCGACAAAACCAUCCAUUUCUGGAACACCUCCACUGGAGCCCGAGUGAAUCUGAUAGAAACGGAGUCCCAGAUAUCCUCGCUCAAUUGGGGGUAUGAAAGCAAAACGGGCUAUGAAGUUGUAGCUACCCACGGGUACCCGCUGAACAGCAUUUCGCUUUUCAACUACCCGACUUUGCAGAAAACGGGAGAGAUCUCGCUGGCUCACGAUUCGAGGGUUUUGAGUGGAUGCAUGAGUCCCGACGGGACGACCUUGGCGACGGUGGCAGGAGACGAAAACUUGAAGUUCUGGCCGUUGUUUGAUCUUCACAAGCACAAGACGGCCGAGCCCGAGGUGGGACAGAAACACAUGAAGCGCUUGAUGGAGCUUCGCUAG